AUGGGAAUCCCUUGCCUUCGUGGGCGCGUGGUCCUCAUCUUCCUGCUGCUCUCUGGUGCCUACUACCUCUGGCCUACCCAAGCUGUUCCAGGGCGGGGUGCUAGUCCCUGGAACUCCAAUUCCAAUAAUGUUCGUCGCGAUGCAGAAGAUGAGUGGUCGGACGACUGGGGCGACUAUGGUGCUUCUUCGUCGACCUGGUCUUCCUGGAGUGGUGAUGGGGCGCCUGCUGCUAGUCGACCUUCGAACUCUGCCUGGAGUACCUGGACAUCGUGGACUACUUGGACCUCGUGGAGUUCGUGGUCGUCCUGGGCAAGUCCAGAUCCUGGGGUGAUCGCGUCGAAUGGUGAAGGGGCAGCUCCUGGUGGUCACAGUUGGGACGCAACUCAAUUCAAUAUGGGAACAAUGUGGCCGCGGGUGCUCGAGAUCGUCAACCUGGUUUCUAUCGCCAUGGACGGUUUGUACCUCGAGCCCGUACAGAUGAGGAGCAGAGACUGCACGAUGGUGGACAAGGAAUGCAACCACAGAGUCGAAGACAGGAACGAGUUCGUCAAUGGCGUGAGGGCACUUUUGUUCCCGCCUGGAAGCGCCAAAUGGAGGAAGCGGCAGUUCGCAUGCAUGGUGGAGAUGUGCGAGAAGAACCUUUUCGUGACUUCUUUGUGCAGGAACGUGCUCGGACUGUGGCAGUUGGGGAUGGGGCAACUGGUGGCGGGGAUGGAGAUCUUGGUGGUGCCGAGUCUGGUGCGGGUGCUCUUCCUGUACAUCCUGCUGGAUAUGAUGGCCAUGAUCAUGUACGAUCUGCCCCUCCUGUUCUCCCUGGUUGCGAUCCUGUGCUAUCUGUACGUGCUGUACUACCUGAUGAGAAAUUUGCUGGGCGACCUGCUGGGGGUGGAGAGGGUGAACUUCUGUGAUUCGCCUGCACACCCUCUUUUGGACGAUCCUGUGCUACCUGUCUAUGCUGGCCAACUUGAUGGUGAUCCACUUGUAAUUCCUGGAGGUGAUCCUGGGGUGGAUGCAACUUCUGAUGUUGGUGCACAACCGCCUACUGCUGAUGGAUCCGGUGUGGGAUCUGUGGACGCUCCGCCCCUCCAACCUGUUGGACACGGACCGCCACGUUGGAGUCGCCGUGAUUGGGAUGACUGGGAAGCCUGGGAGAUGCAACAGAUGCCACGGCAGGAGGAUGAUGAUGAUGUGCAGUUUAUGCAGCGACCUGGCAACGAUGGUGCAAGACCUACUGGAGAACCGCGUGGUGUACAAGAUGAAGAUGCAGAGCGUGGGCGACAACAGGGCCGAGUACCGCAGCAAGAAGUACAGGGACGUCAGGGACAACCCAGUCUACUCCUUACACUUGCUGAAGAACAGGGCUUACAUGAUGCGGGGUGGCCUCUCUUCCACAUCAGCCACCUUCGUGACUUCUGUGAGUACCUGGACUGGGUUGCUCGUGAGUAUGGUCCUGGGGUGGCAGCCUGGGGCAUGGAUGCCUGGGCCGAUGCCUUGGUGAUGGCGAAUGCCACUGUCGAGCUGGCACAGGAGACGAUGUGGGCUCGCCUGCGCGACGUGCCGGUUAUCCGGCCGGACAAUGACGCGGUACGUGGUCGUUUGGCAGUUGGUUUUGCUGGUCUACAGCGACAACUCAACGACUUCCACGUCAGCAUGGUGCAAGAAGGACUACGUGGACAGUGGUUGCCACAACGUGAAGACCAUGACGGGCGACAGUUGCCUGAGCCACCCUUUGUCCGGGGUGAUGCCAAUGCUUGGGCCUUACAGCGAGCUCGUGCCUUAGCACGUGCUAUGGUCCAAACGGCGAUGGAGCAGGGGGCGGUGCAGCGAGGUGAAGUUGGUCCGCCUGUUCAUGUGCAGAUUCCGGCCAUGCCACAAACAGAUACAGAUGCUGCCGAAGAUGAUGCCGAAAAUGGGGCGGAUGCAGAUGAGGAGGAAGGUGAUGUGGCUAAUAUGAUGCAGGUUAACCUUGAAGAAGAGGCCCGUAUGAACAACGCCAACCUGCAGACUGAAAGUCGUCGCCACCUUCGUAAUUUGCUGCGAGCUCUUGAAGAUAUACAGCAGCAUGGAGAAGGCCCAGAGUAUAGAUGGGGUGUACAAGCCUUGGUGGAGGCAUGGGAUGAUGGUUUGCAGACCGUGAGUGUUGUGCGCGACAUUCUGGCUCGUCGUACGUCAACCCUGGGGUGUCAGCCAUACUAUCCUGCCACGAGAGAACCGCGGUUUGGACCAGUCCGCAGCCGUGUUGGGGCGUACAUGCAGGAGUUUCGCUUCUUGCUGUUACGUGCUCUGGCGGAGGAAGUUGCACUUGGUCUACAAGAGCGCUUUCGUGCUGGGCCGGAUGCCUCGGGGUCAGUGGCUGCACCUUUGGCCAACAAUGUGGAAGCCGGGGCGGUAGCUGCAGAAGCAAUGCGGGGUGGACGCAAUACCCGAGUCCGUCGACAACCACGCGGCUCGCGCAGUCGUUCCCGUUCUCCACGGCGACCUGGGGUGCGCGAACCUCCUGGACUACUGCCUCCUGGACACGCUGGUGGAACUAGUGGUUCAAGUGGUGAUGCAAGGGGUGCUCCCUCUGGUCCUUCUGUUGUCCCUGCGCAAGCUGUUGUUCCUGUGUCUGGCGAUAUUGCUGCAGUGGGUGAGCUGGCUGGAAGUAUGCCUCGGGGUCCACCUGUUGUACCUCAACGAGAUCCUGCUCUGCAUCCUGAAAGUGCUGCCGUACGUGAAGGUGCUGAUCCUGCAGGUGAUAGAGGUGCUCCUGUACGUGAAGGUGCUGAUCCUGCUGGUGAUGGGGAUGCUCAUGCUUCUCCUGGUUCUCCUGUUGUACCUCAACCAGACCGUGAUCAUCCUUCGGCUCUUUCUGUGCCACGUGAAGGCCGUGAUCCCCCUGGAAAUCCUCACUGGGAUGAUCGAACUUUGGGUGAAGUUGGGGCUGAUGGGGGUGUGAUGGAAGGUGCGUCUUCUUUGUUGCUGACCCCGCCACAAAUGGUUGGUAGUGAACUCCCUGGUCCUACUGGUGUACAUCCACAUGGCUCCCCACCUGGACAACAUGCUGUUCGUGACGGUGCUGAUCCGGUGCGUGAAGGAGGUGCCCCUGUAUCUCCUGGUUCUCCUGUCCUACACCAACGCGACAGUGGUCAUCCUGCAGCUCGUCCUCAACGACCUCGCAGCAAUGAUCCUCCUGUUAAUCCUCUUGGGGAUGUUCGUACUUUGGAUGUGGGUGGAACCUUGGUGGAUGAUGCUAACGAUGUGGUGGAGGGUGUGUCUUCUUCGUUGGCAUCACUACAUCAUGACCCUGAUGAUACUGCCUUGGCAUCGGGCACUUUGUCUUCGGCUGUGGUGGGUGAUGUACUGAGUGCUACUGUCCUUGGUGAUGUCGGGUCGUUGCCUAUGGAAGGAGUGUAUCUGCAGAGAUCUCCGACUUCUUUGUUUUCUCCUGAACCUGAGAGUGAAACUAAGCCUCGGGGUGAUCAGUGA